GCUAGUAAAUUGAAUCGAGUUUUCAUCUACCCAAGCAAAAUGGCUGACGCGUCUUCGUCGGCGAUGCGCGCAAAGAAAAUACCCGAUAAUUUGUACGAGCUGUGCCUGACGAAUUUAGUGAACUACUUGCAGAAAUCUAAGUGCGACAGAAAUGUGCUCCAAGGGAUCCCGGACACCGUCCGCAUGGAUGUCUACUACAAGAUGCUCCAGGAGAAGCGGCUGUGCAUCCUGGGCGCCGAGCUCUCGGAGCUGGACACAUUCGAGCGGCUGAUGCGCUUCGCAGGCUCGCAGCUCAGGCUCCUACAGUGUUUCCAGGCGGUGAUAGAGCACGGGUCCAAGCUGUCCACGGAGCUGGCCACCAGCUACCUGGCCAAGUGCGACUGCCGGUGCCACAGCCGAGCCUCACUCAUACAUCUCGGGCUAAGACUUGGUGGUUUCCUGAACGAGGCUGGUUGGUACGCGGACGCACAGCGCGUGCUGCUGCGAUGCCGCGACCUCUGCCGGGAGAUGCCGCAAACCACACACUACAAGAGACUCACAUUAGAAUGCUGUCAUAGGUUACUAAACACACAGUCGGCGUACUGCUGCUUCCCCGCGGCGGCGGAGACGUACGCGCUGGCGCUGGACCUGCUGGGCAUGCCUGAUGAUGUCCACGCCGAGAUGCCCGAGCCCUUCGCGGCCGCCGAGGAUGAACGCAUUGACCCCAAUGAUCCAGAACAUAAAUGCGACUCGGUGUGGUGGGUGCGGGGCUGCUGCGGGCGCUGCGGCGCGGGCGCGUGGGGCGCCACGUCGCUGCUGGCGCGCGUCUGCAAGGAGUUCAGCGCGCUCGCCUUCGUGCGCUGCGACUACUCCGCCGCCUACGACUGGGCCAUGCGCGCUCUCAAACUGCUCACUCCACACACACCGCCUAAGAUCACGAUCGAGGUGCUCCGCGCGUGCGGCAAGGCGUGCGUGGUGAAGCGUCGGUUCGGGUCGGCCGGGCUGCUGGUGCGCCAGGCCGUGGCGCUGGCCCGCCGCGCCUUCGGGACGCACCACCCGCGGUACGCCGCCGCGCUGCUCGACCUCGGCUUCUAUCUGCUCAACAUCGACUCCAUCGUGCACUCCGUCGCUGUCUAUGAGGAGGCGCUAUGUACCCUGCGGCGCGUGUUCGGUCGCAGCAGCCUGCACGUGGCCACGGCGCAGGAGGACCUCGCGUACGCACUCUAUGUACUCGAGUACUCCUCCGGACGGUUCUACAAGGCCCGGGACCAUGCCGAGCGGGCCAUACGGAUCAUUGAGAACUUGGUGCCCCCAGACCACCUACUACUGGCGUCCGCCAAGCGGGUGAAGGCGCUGAUCCUCGAGGAAAUAGCACUCGACACUCCUGCUGGACAGGACAUGGCGGCGCCGAGUUUGCUGGAGGAGUCGGAGGCGCUGCACAAGGCGGCGCUGGAGCUGUCGAUGAUGGCCUUCGGGGAGAAGAACGUGCAGACCGCCAAGCACUACGGCAACCUCGGCCGCCUCUACCAGAGCAUGCACAAGUUCCAGGACGCGGAAACGAUGCACCUGAAGGCCAUAGCCAUCAAGGAGGAGCUGCUGGGCCCCGAGGACUACGAGGUGGGGCUGAGCAUCGGCCACCUCGCCUCGCUCUACAACUACCACAUGAACAUGCACUGCGCCGCCGAGAAACUCUAUCUGCGCUCCAUUUCUAUCAGCUUGAAGUUGUUCGGCGAGCGCUACUCGGGGCUGGAGUACGACUACCGCGGACUGGUGCACGUGUUCACGCAGCUCAAGCGACACGACCGCGCCAACCACUACAACAGGCUACUGCAGCACUGGCAGGGUGCGUACUUACGUAGUUACAUACAUCUUGUUCGACCUAUAUUUACAUAUCAAGCGACACGACCGCGCCAACCACUACAACAGGCUACUGCAGCACUGGCAGGAACUCCGCGAGCAGUCGAAGGCGGAGCAACAGCCGGCGCUGGGCGAGGAGCAGAUAAUGCCGCUGUCGCAGCUGCUGGCCAAGUUCUUCGGGCCCAACGACUGAGGCGGCGGCCCGCGCCCGACUACUUACGUUAAGGCUUCAUUGACUACAGAAAUUGUCUGUUAUCGUAGUGCACUCGGAGUUGCGACGACGCGAUGUAGAGGUUUCAUUUCGGCCGCGCCGCGCCCAAACAUACAAAGUAUAUGAGCGCGUAUAAAAUUAUUGUAAGUUACUGUAAAUUGUCGAAUUGUAGCACAAAUGAGACCUCGACCGCUGCUAGCGCAGGUUUUGUAAAGCAGACACUGAGUGGGGUAGCGUACUAGCGGACGAGGAACGGUGCGGAGCUCAUUGUAAUACUCAUCAUCCCAGUAUCUGUGUUCUAGCUUUUGUACUCGACACUAGACGUAUUGUACAGUCCGGCCCUACGCCUGCUCAACUUGUAAAUACGUAAUAUAUCAGCGCCUGUCCGCUGUACACAACCUGCGCUAGCUGUAGUUAGGACCGGGACGCAUUGCCGUGUCUUAUAGUAACGCCAAAGGCUAGCUAAGUCAUAAAUUGUAAAAAUGCAGGCCAUAUGAAUGUGAUUGAGCCUAAUUGUUUGUCGGAUUGUUUGUAUCGCGUUAUGAAAGGUACGUGUGUGCCGGCCUUGACUGGCGGCCCACCGCGUGUUCCUCGCCGUCUACCGCCGUGUAGCGUGUAGCGUGUAACGUAUAGCGUGUAACGUGUAGCGUGUAGCGGUUACUUGUCAAAUCUAUUUGUUCACAUUUAUGUUGCUCUACUAGACUACUUACUGCACCGUGUACCAAGAGGCUUAUAUAAGAUGUUAAGUGUAAACAAAUAUUUUUGAUACUGUAACGUCAAUAUGUGAUGUUAUUGUGUAUGUAUUCGUGUAAAUUUACUUUAGAUAUUGUUGCUUUCGCGUAUUAGGUUUAGUGAUUCGACGUAUGUAUGAACGUGCAAUGUUUAGAGUUGAAAUUGUGUAUAUAUCGUUUGUGUUGCCGACGUUGCCAGUUCACUAGCUAGAGUACUGUAGCGCAUAAUAAAGCCGACAAGUAUCUCAGACUACAUAGUAUUCGUUGUGGAUCGUUGCUUAGUGCCCAGUGACCCGCGGUUUAUGUCUCACUGCCGUUAUAUUCUAAACGUUCUUGUAUGUAAACUGUAUAAAUAUCACAAGUUAUUAUAUAGGAGUAGGAGAGAGAAACAUAUCUAUUUUCGCUUUGCAAAUAAGACACUCGUAGAAUGGUCCUAUUUGGUAACAAGAUGCAAUAUAAAUGUGAGAUUGCGAAUAUAAAAUUUUAUUUUCUUACAUUCACAGCUUAAUGUGUUUACAAGUAUUUUUAUGGAAGUUUAUAAUGAUUAUGAUUAUUAUAUUAUAAUGUAAUGUUAGAAUCAGUUAACGGAUGGCUGUAACGUGCGAAAGGCGUGCGAUUAAAUAAGUUUUAUGAACAUGCAA